AUGAUUCUAUGUUUAAUUCCAUUAACAAAUACCAUCUUAGAAGACGAUAUUCUGUAUGAUAUUAAAUGGCAACCAGAAUUAACAUCACCAAUUGAACUUGAUAAUAGUUAUACAUUUACAUCCAAACGAAAAGAAAAUUAUUUAUGUUCUUUACCGACACUUCAAACAACAAUUUCGACAUCAACUGAUUCUAUUCCAUUACCUUCUAUUGAACGAUUAUUAGAAAAUUUACAUUCAAAAAAAUUAUGUGUAUAUCGAUUGGAUCCAUAUUGGACAUAUGAAUUAUGUCAUGGUAUACAUAUUCGACAAUAUCAUGAUACAAAAGUUGCUGGAAAAAAAUCAACUCUUCAAGAAUAUUAUUUAGGUUAUUAUCAUUCAGAUAAUCAAGAGAUUUUUACUGAUUCUGAUGGUCAAUCAGCAUUGAAAAUACAUUAUAAAACAAUUGAUAAUAAAAAAACACCAAUGUUAGCUGUUAGAUAUACAGAUGGUACAUUAUGUGAAAUUAAUUCAAAUCAAGCACGUGAAACUAUUGUUUAUUAUGUUUGUGAUGAAAGAGGUAAUGAUGGUAUAUUAAAUUUUGAAGAAAUAUCAUCAUGUUAUUAUGAAAUGACUGUUGCUUCAAGAUGGCUAUGUAAAUUACCAGUAUUUAGUCCAUCAGAAGCCAAUCGAUAUAGUAUAAAUUGUUUUCCAAAAGAAAAUGCUCGUCAAAAACCACGAAAUUUAAAAAAACUCGAAGAUGAACGACAAUUGUCUUUAAAAAAAGGAGGUCGAGCACAAUUUACGAUGACAAGUGCGGACGGAACGACAUUUAUAAUAGCAUAUCAAUAUGGAAAUGAUGAUGAUCUUAAUGAUUUAACUGAAACUACAACACGUGAUUCAACAAAUAAAAUAACUCAAUCAAGUUCAACUGAACAAACAGAAAUCAAUAAUAAUAAUAAUAAUCAAAAUGUUCGACAAGAACCAUUGGGAAAUUUGGGUGUUGAUGUUGAUCGAGAAUUUCUUGGAAAUUUUUUUUCUGGUCGAGAAUGUUUACCUGGUGGAACAGGUUGGUGGAAAUAUGAAAUAUGUUAUGGAAAACAUGUUAUUCAAUUUCAUGAAGAAGGUCAACAUCGUAUAUCAGUUUUACUUGGAACAUGGAAUCGUGAUAAACAUAUUGAAUGGUUAAAUAAAAAUCCUAAAAAGAAACCAUCUGGAAAUACUAAAGAUCGACAAUUUGUUUCAUUGUAUUAUACCGAUGGUGAUAUGUGUGAUUUAACAAAAACUCGACGUGUUGUUGAAGUUAAAUUAAGAUGUCAAAAAAAAAUGGAUAAAUCUCAUGCAACAUCAAUGUAUCUCGUCGAACCGGAAACAUGUUCUUAUGUUUUAGGAGUAUGUAUAUUAUAUGGGCCAUUUUGAGAAAAAAGCGGGACAUGUUCAUCUAU